AUGGGGCUGUUCAGAUUCCUGUUCCGCAAGCUAUGCGAACAAGUGUUCAAUCAGGUGGACUACAGCAAUGACGGCAAGCUGGAGGCGCUGGAGAUAGAGGUGGCCAUUCUGAAGCUCUACAACAUCAUCAACAAGCGGCUGCCCGGUUGGCAGAACCCGCCCACGCGCGCGCAGAUCAGAGCCGCUCUCAAAGUGUUUGAUAUCGACGGCAAUGGGUACCUGGACAAGACAGAGUUUGUGGCAUUUGCGUCAGAUCUGGUGCACUCCGGGCCGGACACAUUCUUUGCGCGCGUCGGCAAGGAGGCCAUGAUUCGGACUACCAUAGUACCCGGCGCAGCACACCUCAUCCAAAGGUACUGCGGGGGUUUGCUUGGGCCGGUGGGAAAUGCGCCGCUGCACAUAUUUGCCCCAGCCGUUGGUGUCAUCUUCGGCGCAGUGCGGGGGCUUAUUCCAUGAGUAGUCAUGAAAGGCUGCGGUGUCCUGUUCUGACACAGAACUGCAGCGGCUGCAUAGCUCAUCAGUGAUCACUGGAGGCUUGCGGCGAGGGGCAUGCAAGACGGUGCUGGUUGGAGUGAGAGCUGCAAACGUUUUGCAAUACAUCCUCAGUUACAGCUGGACUAGGAGUGUGCAUGCGUAUGCAGAUGCAGCAACACACCAAUAUUGUUUGCUUGGUUGUGUUUGGUUUCCCUUCUGCACUUGCUUGACCUUCAUGCUCUUGGUGAGAGCGUCUGUUUCCAAGUGCUCCUGUUUUACUUCCAUUGGAAAGCUUGCUUCAAUUGAAAGGACUUAAAGGCGUGAUAACAGAUAGACAACUUCCCUGACAAUGUCACUGAAAUUGACGCAACAUAGUUCUAGCGCUGAAGGUUACUCCGACUUGCAAGGCUGGAUUAACUUGGACAAUUGUCCAUGUUGAGCUUCGAGUUGUAUAUAGCAGGUGUUGUAAGUUAUGAAACAUGAU